GGCAAGUCCUUCACCAUGCAGGGGGCGACCGAGCCCGCGCCCCAGAGAGGGGUCAUACCCCGAGCUUUCGAGCAUAUCUUCGAGAGUAUUCAGUGUGCCGAAAACACCAAGUUCCUCGUGAGGGCAUCCUACCUGGAGAUCUACAAUGAGGAGAUACGAGACCUGUUGGGACACGACACCAAACAAAAAAUUGAGCUGAAGGAGCACCCAGAGCGGGGCGUGUACGUGCGGGAUCUGUCCAUGCACACGGUGCACAGUGUGGGGGAAUGUGAGCGUAUCAUGGAGCAGGGCUGGAGGAACCGCUCGGUGGGCUACACCCUCAUGAACAAGGACUCCUCCCGCUCGCACUCCAUCUUCACCAUCCACCUGGAGAUCUGCACCACAGAUGCAGCAGGUAAGGACCACCUGCGGGCCGGCAAGCUCAACCUGGUGGACCUGGCGGGCAGCGAACGCCAGUCCAAGACGGGCGCCACCGGCGAGCGCCUCCGCGAGGCCACCAAGAUCAACCUGUCCCUGUCAGCCCUGGGGAACGUCAUCUCGGCGCUGGUGGACGGCCGGUCCAAACACAUCCCCUACAGGGACUCCAAGCUGACGCGGCUGCUCCAGGACUCCCUGGGCGGGAACACACGCACCCUCAUGGUGGCCUGCCUCUCCCCGGCCGACAACAACUACGAGGAGAGCCUCAGCACGCUGCGCUAUGCCAACCGGGCCAAGAGCAUCCAGAACCGGCCCCGGAUCAACGAGGACCCCAAGGACGCUCUCUUGAGGGAGUACCAGGAGGAGAUCAAGCUGCUGCGGGCCCUGAUCUCUGGACAGCUGGGGACCACCAACCUCUCAUCUCUGCUGGAGGGCCAGAGGUCCGAGGCGCCCCCCGGUGUUCCGUCCAGGCCACAGUCCAGCACCACCGAGGCUGAGAAGGAGAAGAUCAAAGAGGAGUAUGAGGACAAGCUGUCCAGGCUGCAGGCAGAGUACAGUGCAGAGCAGGAGUCCAAGGCCAAGCUGCAGGAGGACAUCACGGCCCUGCGCUGCUCCUACGAGACCAAGCUGGCUCACCUGGAGGCCUCCAGGGCCACCAGAGGGCGCUCCAGCUCCACCACAGAGAGCUCCAGCCAUGUGACCCAGGUUCAGGAGGAGCCCUGUCCCACCCCUGGUGAGCCCUCCUUGGCCUCAGCCGAGGACCGUCCCCUGGUCAAGGGGGUCCAGGCCCAGGCUGCUCACCAGGUGAUGGGGGUCCAGAGAGGCUCAGAGGGGGACAGCCAUGCAGACUCACCCUCCCUCUCCACCCCAGGACCUCUGGACCAGAAACAUGUGCUGGAGAGGCUGCAGCGUCUGGAGCAGGAGAUGGUGGGCGGCGAGCAGGCCAGGAACCAGGAGCUGCAGCGCCGCCACCGCCAGAGGAAGACCCUGGCCGACCAGCGGAAGAAGCACCUGAUCAAGGCGCUGUCCCAGAGCGGCGAGGACAGCGACUACGUCCUCCUCAACGUCUACGACUCCAUCCAGGAGGAGGUGCACGCCAAGAGGCUGCUGCUGGACAAGACCCAGGGCAAGCUGAAGGCAGCCAGGCUGGAGAUCCGGGACCUGGAGGCCGAGUUUGAGCUGGAGAGGAACGACUACCUGUCCACCAUCCGGAGGCUGGAGAGAGAGGCCCAGCUGCUGGCCAGCCUGCUGGAGCGCAUGGCCCCCCUGGUGCGCAGAGACUGCAACUACAGCAACCUGGACCGCCUGCGCAAGGAGGCCAGCUGGGACGAGGACGGCGGCACCUGGAGGCUGCCUGAGGUGGUGGUGCAGAAGACCGCCCUGCCGUCAGCCGUGUGUGCGUCCGCCCCGAGGCUCGCGGCACGGCGAGCAUCAGGGACAGACCCAGCCGAGCUCUUCCUGGACGAGGGGGACAAGUAUAAAGAAAUGCUGAACCGCAGCGACAGCGAGAACAUCGCCAGCAACUACUUCAGGUCCAAGAGAGCGACCCAGCUGCUGGGCGGAGACUCACUGAAGGGCCUCGCCGUCCACGCAACGCCCGCCAGCAACGGCGCCGCCCACCUGACCUCCAGCGGCUCCAACAUCGCGCCCCCCCUCAGCGCCGAGUCGCUCCUCCCCCGGCCCUUCCGUCUGGAGUCCCUGGGCCCCCCCUCCUCCAACGGCAAGGUCAAGAGGAAGAAGAGUAAAAGCCACAUCCUGUCUGAGGGCAACUGAGACGACGGAAGAGGUCAAAGGUGAGGAGGCCGGGACCUCUUCGCUGAACUUCGACCUCUGUUCUACCUGCCACUAGGAACCCCUCUGGUGCUACCACACUGACUGGACAACCUGAAGGGUUAUUUACUGAAGAUUGUAUCCUUCCCCUCACUGUAAUUGAAUAUGUAUUGAUCGUUUUUUUUUUUGGCAAUAGAAGGAAACUUGUAACAUGGGCCUUUCAUCCAGCAGUGUAAUCUGUGCGUGUUGGUUUAAUCGUCAUUUUGAAGAUAGUACUACCUAUGUUACACUACCUAAUGCCACUCCACAAUGCCUGCUUAAACUGUGAUACGCCCGUGAUUCUGAACAAACGAGAAUCCUAAUCUGCUGUGUGGAUGUACUUCUCCACAACACUCAUGUGCUGCCUGCCACUUUGCUUCAUGUUCACUAGCACUUACAAGAAUAAACCUCGUUUUAUGGAUGAGUGUUGUAAAAGUAUUUAUAUAAAACAUGGGGGGGGGAAAGGCUGUGACAAAGUGAUGUGAACUGAGGUAACUGUUUUCCUGUUCCAUUCCUGUGCUUCUCUCGCUGCCUCCUCCCUCCUCCCUCGCCUCCUUUCCCUCCUUUCCCCCACACACAUAGCUGCUGAG